GUAAAAUCGACUACCAUGUGACAGUGCUGAGGUGACUUGACUGUUUCACCACCAGCUACGAAGCUUUCGAGACUAUCGUCUCUCCCAGGUCCACGAAAUAACCGAUCAGACGUCAAACUAGCUCGUGAAAGAAGCCUGUAGCUUACGUUGGUGUAAACCACUUUACACAAGUUCUUUACAUCAGCAACCGGCGACUUCCGAUUCGAGCUAGUCUCAAACAGCACCAACUUAUCUCGAAUCACCUGCAGCUUCAUCAGGCCGCCUCCUAUCCAUCUGCGCAGAUGUCGCAUUAACGUUCAAGUAGCCUUCAGUCCAGGCCUUCUCCGCAGUCUUAAUCUCAGGACCGCGUUUCGCUGUACGCAGAUAUGCCGGCACUCAAGCCAAUCUUCGUCAAGGCCUACUGGUCAUUGGCCGGCCUGGGUAUGCUAUGGGCUGCGUUCCUGGUAGCGCUGUGCUUCCCAACGAUACAACGACAUGCUCUUUACGCCCACAAGUUCAACACAAACUUCUGGCACAAUGUCUCAAAUCCGGAGGAGUUCGGAUUCGCUAAGGGCCAGGUGCAGCCUUUCUACCUCGAGACGUCAGACAGCGAGCAACUGUUUUGCUGGCACGUGCUUCCCUUAGACGUGUAUCUGCAGAACGAGGAGCAGCUGGCUAUGGGCACUACGACUGGAGAGGUCGCAGAUGAGCUCAAGGGAACCAUGGGAGAGAAAUUACUCAGAACGGAUCCCGAGUCAAGAAUCGUUGUCAAUUUUCACGGGAACGCAGGCCAUGUUGGCCAAGGCUGGCGUCCAUCAUCCUACCGUUCAAUCUCCGGCAUCCCCCACACCCACCUUCUAACCUGCGACUACCGGGGCUUCGGACUCUCUACACUGAACAACCCCCCUCACCUCCCCACAGAAACCGGCCUCAUCACUGACGCCAUCUCUCUCCUCCACUACAUCGAAACCACCCUCAACCACCCUCCAGCCCGCACCGUGCUGCUCGGCCAAAGCCUCGGCACAGCCGUCACCGCCGCCUCAGCCCUGUACUUCGCCGACCCCUCAUCCCCCGAGCUGCCCGCGGAUCUAACCCAAGUCUCGCCGCUGCCAAAGUCCCACGCCGGCUUCGCGGGCAUCAUCCUCGUCGCGCCGUUCCGCGAUCUGGCGACGCUGCUCGAGACCUACAAGGCCGGGGGCUUCAUCCCCGUCCUGCGGCCGCUGCGAGGCUACCGCCGCGUCGCCAAUUUCCUGCUCGGACGCAUCGUGGACCACUGGCCGACGUUGCCGCGCCUGCGCGCUCUCCUUACUCUGACCGCCACCUCCAAGACUCCGAUCCGCCUCACCCUGCUCCACGCGCGUAAUGACCAGGACAUUGAUUUCCGCCAGUCCGAAGCGCUUUUCCAGCCCCUGCAGAGCACGAUGUUGGCCGAGGAGGGUGUGAGCGCAAGGGAAGAAAGGAGGAGUAUCCACGGCGCUGAGAGGGUGAAGAGGGGCGCUUUUGCGUUCAAGCGCGUCGAGGAUGCGCGGGGCGAGCGCAUGUGUGAGUUGGAGGUUGUGCGGUUUGGCGGGCACAACGAGGUUCUAGGGUGGACGCAGGUCAGUCUUGCGAUUAGGAGGGCGUUUGAGGCUAUGCAGGUGAGGGCUGAGAGGGGCGUGGGGCUGGAUGUCGAGUAAACGAGGUUGAGGUGAUGUGUGCAGAUCGAUAGAAGAGAUGGAAGCUAUUUGUGCGACAGGACAUAUCAGCAGUCACCUUUGGGGACGUGAGGAUACGGGAGGAAGUCACUAGCAA